UGACGAGCCAUCGCUGGAUUUCAAGAAUUUUAUACAAAAGCCUCAUUGUGGCAGUGCUGCCUAACAGUGCCCUGUUCAAGUCUCGACCUACUGCCAUCUUUUGUUUCUACAUGGCUUUUUGAAACCCCAUCAUUAUUACCGACAACAAUGCUAGCUAACCUGUCUUACCAAUGCUCAGAUCAAGCGCUUUCCACCUUCGUAUAAAGCCCCGUGCGGCAUGUCGCAGGCUGCUUCAUCAAGCCUCGCCAACCUUUAAAGACACACGCAAAGGCACGGCUGGAGUCGCCGCCGCUGUAUUAGUUGUUACAGGCGCAUACACUCUGGGAUGUCCUCGUCAAGUCCUCUAUGCCGAUAGUCCUGAAGGCCCUGACUCGCAAGGGUGGUUCUCAUGGCCAGUGGUUGUCAAGGCAGUGACCCCGGACCCGAAGUCCAAGGCCGAAGGUUAUGAUAAUGCCAAUCAAUCUCGACCCGGACAGCAGGCACCUCCUUCUCAAACCAAGGGCCACAAGAACUCUGAUAUCAGUGAGGCUUUAAACGAUUCCGAUGUAUCAGCAUGGCACGGUAUGAUCGAGAGUUUCGAAACGGCCAAAGACAGCAUCGUCAAUUUUGAAAUAUCCAAGAUUGGCGAAAAAAUUGCUGGAACCAUCGUACCACGUUGGGUCAAAGUCAUGCCUGGUUACAUCUCUAAAUUGCAAAAUGAACUUUCCAUGGCUCCUGGGUCUUUGGCAGAAGAGAUCUGGCAUGAGGCAAAUGAUCCUGAGAUCAAUCCAGAGAUCAUUUGGGAUGCAAGAGUCCGAGUCUCGGACGACAUCUGCAAAGAGGAGCGUGAUUUUUUGCGCAAGAGGAAAAUCCACACGACUGCUGCUUUGGCCAAAUACCUUGAUGUACCAGAGACAGAGAUUCAUCCGGCUGACGUACCAACCAUCGCAAUGUGCGGAUCUGGUGGUGGACUUCGUGCUCUAGUAGCCGGCACGUCUUCAUAUCUCUCUGCACAGGAAGCGGGAUUGUUCGACUGUGUGACUUACACAGCAGGUGUAAGCGGCUCCUGUUGGCUUCAGACUCUGUUCUACUCGUCUGUUGGCCAGCAGAGUCACGGUCGCAUGAUCAAUCACCUCAAGAGCCGCUUGAAUGUUCAUAUCGCCUAUCCACCAGCUGCACUUUCACUGUUGAGUAGUGCGCCUACGAGCAAAUAUCUGCUCAGUGGCGUAGUAGAGAAGAUGAAAGGAGUACCUGACGCUGACUUUGGCCUUGUCGAUGUAUACGGACUGCUCCUUGGCACUCGUCUACUGGUUCCUAAGGGCGAACUCGGCAUCUCGGACAACGACUUCAAGAUUUCCAACCAGCGACAACACACCGACUCGGGCGCUUACCCGCUUCCCAUCUAUACUGCAGUCAGACAUGAGAUCCCUAACGUUGCUCAAACACAAGAUCGUGCUAUGAAUCUGCAGGACGAAACAUCCAAGGCCAUUGCAAGAGCCGAAGCAUGGUUCCAGUGGUUCGAAUGGACGCCUUAUGAAUUCUUCUGCGAGGAGCUCGGAGCCGGAAUUCCGACAUGGGCUAUCGGUCGCAAGUUCGACGGAGGCAACAGCGUUUACAGAGAUAAUGGUCUUGCUCUGCCUGAACUUCGAGUGCCUUUGCUAAUGGGCAUUUGGGGAAGCGCGUUCUGUGCAACGCUCUCCCAUUACUACAAGGAAGUUCGCCCAAUCAUCCGCAGUCUCGCUGGCUUCAGCGGCAUUGAUCAGCUCAUCGCCGAGAAAGAUGAAGAUCUCACCAAGGUUCAUCCUUUCGAGCCUGCAUCCAUUCCUAACUUCGCCGCAAACAUGAAGAGUCUGCUACCUCAAUCAUGUCCUGAAAGUGUGCAUAAUGUUUCGACUUUACAACUCAUGGACGCUGGUAUGAGCAACAACCUCCCUAUAUACCCACUGCUACGACCAGGAAGAGACAUAGACGUUUUGAUCGCCUUCGACGCUUCUGCGGAUGUCAGACAAGACAACUGGAUCAAGGUGACAGAUGGCUAUGUAAAGCAACGCGGGAUCAAGGGAUGGCCAAUGGGUGCUGGUUGGCCUACCGAAGAGCUUAACGAAGAGCAAACAUUGAAGGAGCUCGAGCAGGCUCAGGCUACUACCGAGGAGGAGGCCACCAAGAGAGUUGAAGAAGCACAAAACGCAGAGAAGUCCAAGCCUGUCGUGGAAGGCGGAAAGGUCCCAGCGAAGCCAAGUGAUCUCGGCUACUGCACCGUUUGGGUUGGUACAACUGAGGAGCGCGAGAAUGACACCGAACCGCCCUUGUCAAAACAAGUCGAAGAAGAUUGGGAGCUCAUGAGACCAGAUGCUGGUAUUGCCGUCAUCUACUUCCCAUUCCUCAAGAACAAAAAGGUUCCAGGGGUAGACCCACAGACAUCCGACUUCAUGAGCACCUGGAACUUUGUUUACACCGACGAGGAGAUUGACAAGGUUGUGUCGUUGGCUCGAGCGAAUUUUGAAGAGGGCAGAGAACAGACAAAACGUACAAUCCGAGCAGUUUGGGAGAGAAAGAGGAAGCAUCGUCUUGAUCGCGAGGCAGAGGCAAAGGAGAUUCGACGACAGACGAGAAUGAGGAAGGUGAACAGAUACAAGCAGUAUGGUGAUCACGGUGACCAGUUCAGCUGAGGUCAGAGUUUGCGGAAGGAGUAAUUCAGGAUCCUAGAAGCCAUAUUAUAAUACCCAGCGCGGCAUCGCGCACAUGUAGAGAAUACACAUACCCGUUCUAAGGACACACAG